UCGGUCGCUUGUUAACGCUACAAUAUAAGCGCAGUCUGCGCUUAUUUGUCUCUCAACGUUUUUUGCACGAGUUUUUUCUUUACGUAUUUAUUCAUUGACAAAAACUCAAGCUGCGCUCCGUAUGUGUAUGUGAGUGCGCGCGUUUGUGAGGCCGCUUUUGCGUGAACAGUCUGUGUGUUUGUGUGUGCAGCUCCGGCUCUGUGGUGAUUUGGGUGCAGAGUAUAUAUAUAUAAUAUGAAGUAUAAAUAAAAAAAGUGAAUAAAUCAACUCAUAACAUUUUGAAAAUUCAAACCUGCCUUGCGUCUUCUGUUAGACUGCAAAAGUUUAAAAAAUAUAUAAACUUAAAUACUUUCAAGCAUAGCUAAACAUAUUUACAAAUAAAGCUUUUAAAACAGUUUCGUUAAGCUCCUUAGAAACUUGUCGAUCAGCCGUCGUCCUUAAAGAACGAAUUUGAAAAUAAAAACCGUUGCUAAAAACAAAAUGGCCACGACAGCGGCUGCCGUGGCAGCGACUAGUGUUGUGGUAUUGGAUCGUGGUAAUAAUACAACAUGCACAAUCAACUUGCAUGGUGCGACAGUUGUGUCCUGGCGUGUGAAUAAUCAGGAACAGUUGUUUGUCAGCAAACUGGCAUCUUUUGAUGGCAAGAAGGCGAUUCGUGGUGGCAUACCCUUUGUCUUUCCUCAAUUUGGCCCAUGGUCCUUUGGUCCUCAGCAUGGAUUUGCGAGAAUCACACGCUGGCACCUGGAUCGUGCACCGGAGCGUCUUCACAAUGGCGAUGUCGAGGCGAUAUUUUCUUUAAUGGACAACGAGUUUACGCGCUCCAUUUGGAACUAUCAAUUUCGCAUUACUUAUCGUCUGAUAUUACGUGAGAAGGAGCUGCACUUUCACAUUGGUGUCUACAAUCCGAGCAAGGAUCUGAGUUUUACCUUUAAUAUGCUGCUCCAUACCUAUCUGAAAGUGCCAGACGUCCGACGAUGUCAGAUAACGGGUCUACAGGGCUGUCAUUUCAUAGACAAAACACGUGAGGGCGCUUUGUAUCAGGAGGGUCGCGAGGUGGUAACCGUAAAUGAGUGGACUGACCGAAUCUAUCAGCACACACCACAGGAACACGUUAUUACCAAUGUGGUGUCCGGCCGUAAGAUGAGGCUUCACAAAUACAAUUUUCCUGAUACGGUUAUUUGGAAUCCCUGGGUUGAUCGUUCGCGAGAAAUGAGCGAUUUUGGCGAUGAUGAAUUCCCCAACAUGCUGUGCGUGGAGGCUGGCAAUGUCAGUUCUCCGGUUAUAUUAUUGCCAGGCACAGCGUUUGAAGCUAGCCAGAUACUUCAGAUCAUCAUCGAGGGAAAUGUGAGUCGUAAAACGAAACGGAAUCGCUAGCGUUUAAGGAAUCGGAACCAACUGAGGUAAACCGAUUCCAACACUUUUCUGAGAUCAAUUAGAAGAUGGAGAAAGCGCAGAAACGAUUAAAAAUGGAUUUGUUUUCGAUUUAGUGAUUAACGUAAAUUUUAAGUAACUCUCAUUUCGUUUAGCAAUAUUAAGCCUAAAAGUUGUAAAGGUUAAUAAACCCAAAUCUAGUGCUAUACUCUAUAUAACUAUAUGUUAAAUAAAUGCUCACAUUGAAUGGGUUCGUGUCGUGUCCAACCUAAACAAAUAAAAAAAUAAAAGAAUAGCACUUUCAAUACGUAUUAAAUGUGCAUUAACUAAAAUAAAUAAUUAGAUAAUAUGUCUAGACUUCAGAUUAUAUGGCAAUGUGUAUACGAUUUAACCUAUUUAGAUAUUUUAUAAGUAAGCUUAAAACGUUUCUGUGUAAAAUACUAAAAAC